AUGAUAACUGAUAGAGAAUAUGCGAUGGCUUGCGAAUCGGGUGCAGUUGAUGUCAGAGAUUUACAAUUUAGAGUAGCUGUUUGCAUACCUAAGCCUUGCACCAUAAGACAAGCGUUGCCCAGUCUCAUUGGAACCCAGUUGGUAAAUUACCAAGAACAAUUUUGCCGGUUCAAAAACGACAAACCGUGGUCACCAGGGGUUUAUGUGGCUAUUAUUGUCUUCAGUUUAUUUGGUUUCCUGGCCAUUCUUAGUACCAGUUACGAUAUCUGGAAUACUGUUAUUAAAAAACGAGAUCCCAAAUCUCUCAAUACAGUUUAUCAAUCGUUCUCAGUAUACACAAAUUCUCGUCGACUCAUCACAUAUAAGCCAGUUCGUGGUGCUUUAGAAUGUGUCGAUGGUAUCAGAGCAUUAACUAUGUCUUGGAUUCUAUUCGGGCACACAUAUAAUAGUCUUCCACCAGUCAUAAAUAUUGUGGACCUGUUUCUGACGGCUUUUUCAUCUCGUUCAUUUUGGUUGACUUCAGCCGAUGUUAGUGUGGACACAUUUUUCAUGCUAAGCGGUUUGCUGGUCGUCUACACUUUUGUUGGAAAAGUUAGCGGCAUGAAACUGAUAAAGAACCUCCAUCUGUUUUAUCUUAAUCGAUAUCUACGGAUGUUUCCUGUACUAGCCGCUACCAUAUUGCUGCAAGUUGGUGUACUACAUUAUGUUUAUGAUGGUGCCCAGUGGCAUCGAGUAGCUUUACAAACUGAUUACUGUAGGUCAAGCUGGUGGUUAACAUUGCUUUAUGUGCAAAAUUUUUUCCCACCAUGGUGUAUUGGUACUUCCUGGUACUUAGCAAUGGAUAUGCAACUACACUUAAUAUCCCCGUUGAUAUUAUUUUGGGUUUUAUCAGGCAAAAAAACUCGCGCCUGGUCGGGUUUGAUUGUUGGAUUGUUAGUUAUUCUCACUGCGUCCUCAACUUAUAUCUACAUGAAUAAUUUCGUUGGUUCUUUAGUACGACCUGGGUAAGAUAAUAUAUUUACAAAUUGAAUUAUUAAUAUUAUUGUUCAAUAUUCUAAAUAGAUUAAUUAGGUACCACGCUUGAUUCAUAUUGCCAAGACACAAUGAAAUAAAUAAAUAA